AUGGGCAAGUUUGCAGCAGCUGCCUUGGGAGCAGCCGCUCUGCUUGCUUCCCUCGCCCCCGUAACUGCUACUCCCGGCACAGUGGGUUUCACAUUCGAAAAGCGUCGCGUCGCUGCGCAGGACGCUCCUCAUCUGUCACGACGUCAGACCAAGACCAUCAAGGCGGGUUUGGACAACGAGAUCCUGCUGUACUUCAUCAAUUGCACCGUGGGCACCCCCGGGCAACCCUUCUCCCUGCAAAUAGACACUGGCUCGUCAGACAUCUGGUUCCCUGAUGCCAAUGCCCAAAUCUGUCAAGACAACGAUGGCUGCUCCGAGUUUGGAGCGUACAACGCUGAUGCCUCCUCCACCUUUGUCGAUCCCAACCUUCCCGAGUUCCAAAUCCAGUACGUCGACGGCUCCCAGGUUGUUGGGCAAUACAUCUCAGAUGUGUUGAACAUUGGUGGAACAAAAUUGACAAACAUGACCAUGGCUGCUGCCCAACAAUCCAACACCCGCGCCAUCGGUAUCAUGGGCAUUGGAUUUGAGCUAGGCGAGGCCUCUGCCACCUCCUCCAUCAACGGCUUCACCUACCCCAACGUUAUCAACGUCAUGAAGAAUGAAGGCUUCAUCAACGCCCUUGCAUAUUCCCUGUGGCUGGACGAUGUGAACUCCAAUACUGGCUCCAUUCUCUUUGGUGGUGUUGACACGAACAAGUACCACGGUAACUUGGUUGCUUUGCCUAUCCAAAUAGACUCGCAAACUGGCGUCAUUGAUUCCUUCACUGUCGCUUGGACCGGCCUUACCAUCUCUGGAGGCGGCCAGUCCUCCGACGUCUCGCCCAGUUCGCCUCAACCUGCCAUUCUCGACUCCGGCACCACAGACACCUUGCUCCCUGACGACAUCGCGAACAGCAUCUUCAAUGGUGUCGGUGUGGUGAGCGACCCACAAUUUGGCAACGUGGUGCCCUGCUCUCUCGCCAACGAUGAUCUCACCUUCUCAUUCCAGUUCGGCGGCAAAGGUGGCCCCAUUGUCAAUGUCUCACUGUCCGAGUUUGUCACUCCCUUGAUCACAACAGAUGGCUUUCAACCAACUUUCCAGAACGGAGAUCAAGCGUGUUCGUUCGCGAUCGAUUCGGCAGGAAAUGAUCCCAUUCUGUUCGGUGAUUCUUUCCUCCGCAGCGCCUAUGUGGUCUACGACCUAGAGAACAAUCAGAUAGGUCUCGCACAGACAAACUUUGACGCUUCCGACGCCAACUCCAACGUUCAGGCAUUCCAGGCUUCGGGCAGUAUUCCCAACGUUGCCUCGACUGCGACAGCAGCAAGUGUGGCCCAGACAUUCUCUGGCAACCCAGAAAUCACGCAAGCCACGCUCACUGCCACUGGGGAACUGGGUGGCGGCACCUCCAGAAGUGCGACGUUCAAUUUGACGCCCACAAGUUCGACUACGAGCGGUUCCAGUUCCGGCUCUGGCAGUGGCAGUUCCAAUGCUGGGAAUGCCAACUUCCGCGUAUUCCCCAUUGAGAUGACGAGUCUAUUAGCAGGUGGUGUGGUGGUACUGGGGUUCUUGUUCGGUGGUGGGAUGAUGUUAUUCUAA